GGAAGAAACCCGAGCUGGCCCCCACAUGGUUGUUAGGGACCGCGCGAGAUAGUAACUUUUACACUGAGCCCUGCGGGAAAUGACUGACUCACAACCUCCGAGCCUCAGUUUCCUCAUCUGUAAAACGGCGCUGACAAUGAGUGAUGUUUGGCGACUGCUUGACGAGGAAUUAUGCAAAGGGCUGGCCCUAACUCGGGGCCCGGGGGCAGGAAUACCACCCUCGCUAAGGUCUCCGCAGGCGCCGGCACCCGCAGAGACCGGAGCCCCGAGGAGGCAGUAGAAGCUCGGGUUGGGGAGCUGGGACGCACCCGCCAGGCUUCAGUCCUCCUCCCCUCCCCGCCCCGGGCCCCCGCGCUCUGCCGAGGUCGGCCCCAGGGCGCGGAGAGGCGUGGCCGGCCCUGGCGGACCCUGGAGGCGGCCAUGGCCUCGGUGGUGGAAUACAAAGGGCUCAAGGCCAGCUACCACUGCGGCUACUGCGGCUCGGAGGAGGGCAAGGUGUCCUGCGGUAUGUGGGCGCAUUCAAUGACUGUCCAGGAUUAUCAGGAUCUUAUAGAUCGAGGAUGGCGAAGAAGUGGGAAAUAUGUGUACAAGCCGGUCAUGAAUCAAACAUGUUGUCCUCAGUACACGAUAAGGUGCCGACCUUUACAGUUUCAGCCAUCAAAAUCUCACAAGAAGGUUUUGAAAAAAAUGUUGAAAUUUCUGGCUAAAGGGGAAAUUUCCAAAGGAAAUUGUGAGGAUGAGCCCAUGGAGCCCACCAUGGACGAGAGCGUUGCAGGUGACUUUGCAUUAAUAAAUAAAUUGGAUAUACAGUGUGACCUUAAAACACUCAGUGAUGACCUCAAAGAGACCUUUGAGAGUGGGGAGAAGAAGAAAGGAAAAAGCCCAAAGAAAGAAGAACCUAAGGAAUUAAUUCAAUCCCAACAUAUAGAGGAGAAGUUGGGCUCUGGGGAGCCAUCCCAUCCAGUUAAAGUGCACAUGGCUCCUAAGCCAGGCAAAGGGGCAGAUUUGAGUAAGCCUCCAUGUCGGAAAGCAAAGGAAAUCCGAAAAGAAAGGAAAAGGUUAAAACUCAUGCAGCAGAACCCAGCUGGAGAACUUGAGGGUUUCCAGGCUCAAGGUGAACCACCAUCCUUAUUCCCACCAAAGGCUAAUAAAUCCAACCAGCCCAAAUCACUUGAAGAUUUAAUAUUUGAAUCUUUACCAGAGAAUGCAUCACACAAGUUAGAGGUGAGGGUGGUGAGAUCAUCUCCACCAAGUUCUCAGUUCAAAGCCACAUUUCAGGAGUCUUACCAGGUCUAUAAACGUUACCAGAUGGUUAUUCACCAGGACCCACCUGAUAAACCAACUGUGAGCCAGUUUACAAGGUUCCUUUGCAGCUCCCCUCUGGAGGCUGAGAACCCCCCUCACGGACCGGAUUGUGGUUAUGGUUCCUUUCACCAGCAGUACUGGCUUGAUGGAAGAAUCAUUGCUGUGGGAGUGAUCGACAUCCUUCCAUACUGUGUAUCGUCUGUCUAUUUGUACUAUGAUCCUGAUUAUUCGUUCCUGUCUUUGGGUGUCUACUCCGCACUACGAGAAAUUGGUUUUACUAGGCAACUUCAUCAGAAAACAUCUCAACUCAGCUAUUAUUAUAUGGGUUUCUACAUUCAUUCAUGUCCCAAGAUGAAAUAUAAGAGUCAUGAGUUCUGCUGAGGGUGUGCAGGAAUGACGGGUCUGUCUUUAUGGGUAGGGAGGACCGUGGCGUGGUAGAUGAUUUCCAAGGUGUGGGUCCCUCUUUGGCGCCUCUCCCCUUGUAUGUGCUCACUGCUCUGUCCGUCAGAAGGAGAUUCUGGUUUCCCUGCCCUGACUGGGCUGGUCUUCUGGCUUGCACUCACUAGCAGGAUACCACGGAGAGAACUCUGGGAGUCGUAAGGCCCAGGCCUUCAGAGGACUGGCAGCUUCCCCUUCCUCUUCGGAGCCAGCCGUCAUCCUGUAAAAGGACUGACUGCGGCUGCGGACAGACGCCACCUGGGAGGCCCGACACCAUCUUGGACGUUUCACUCCAGCUGAGCUUGCUGGCUGGGUCCGGCUGCCUGAUUGAACCCAGGAGUUACUGUCAGAGGAGCCACGUACCUGAGCCGUAGCCAACUCACAGGAUCAUGAAAAAUAAUAAAUGAUUGUGGUUGUCAUCUGCUGCAAUUUGGAGUGGUUUGUUCCUCGGCAACAGAAGACGAAAACACACGGUAUGGGAUGGAGAGCACUAGAUAGAGAUGUAGAUGUCCCCAUAGAGAAGUCGUUCUCUGAGGAGCCGUGCAGACUCAGAAUUGACCCUGAAGUGAGCCGAACUGAUCUGAGAAGUUUCUGAUGGCUCAGUGUGAGAGAGUUUUGACACUGUCACCUAAUGUCCAUAUGCAGUCACACCUAGAGAUGUGCCCAGCUGGCUUAUGGGAAGUCAUCUUUGUAAGGCAUUUCAUUUAAUAGACUGGAGCCUGCAAAGAAUUUCUUAACAUGAUGAAUUUCGAUUUUGCUUGUCUUGCUAAUGAUAAUGAUGAGCGCUGCGAGGUGAAAAUCAGCAUGUGGUCAUUUUUCGUGGUUUUGUAGAUGACACCGGCUGCCGUAAAUUCUCCGUGGUUUGCUAGUUUCCCGCAGUUAUAUUUUUGUGCAUGAUAUUCAUUAAAAUGCCUUUUUUAUUGAAUUCUUUUGAUUUAGGCGGUGUUUGUAUGUGUAAAGGUUGGUUGACAUAAACAUGCCUUAGUGAGAUGUGUUCGGUUUGUGCCUGUCCUCUUAGACGCAAGGCACAGGAUAGGUAUAGAAGAAUCAGUGAGAGCUGGAAAAUAGUCAUUAAUGAAAGAAGAUGGGCUUCAUUAUGUCACGUUAUCAUUGUUCACAUUAACUGUUUUAAUAAUCAUGGCCAUGUUAAUGGGAUUUGGUAACAGUUUUAGCAUAACUCAGUACUAGCUUGGGGGCUUAGGAGCUGGCUGACAUGAAGAGAAAUUGUAUUUUCAGCCUAGAGGUGUUUCUUCCUGGAGGUGUUGCCCUACUGAAGCAGGAGGGGACAGUUCAGCUUUCUGCCAUGCUCAGUGACGCCCAUCUUCUAGGUCUGCUUCUCUCAUAGUUCCAAGGUGGUUGCCCCCCAUCUGGGCAUCAUAGGCCAUUAGCAGUAGCUGGAAUAAGAAAAGGGUAAUGUCUUCUCCUGUGUCUUUCACACACACACACACACACACACACACUCUCUCUCUCU